UAGAAGCUUUAGUCGGAGGCCGAUUAUCCGCUGAUGAUAGGCCAUGGCGUGACUACCUGUAGGAUCAACGGCCAAUCUAACCUUGCUUCUUAUCGCAGAAGGAGAAGUUUGUGUCUGAUGAAGGUGAUAAAGAAUAGGAGGAUUGGGUCUGGUCGGAGGCGAGAGGAGAACGGGAGAAGGCAACGGUACUGGAGUUGGACGCAGCCCGGGCUGACGGUCGACGAGCUCGGAAAGCACAGAAGGCGCAGACCACCGCCGGGGCUCAGGCCCCAGGACAAUAUAAAAUUGCUCGAAGGGGCUUUUUCGCAUCUCAAGACUGAAUACCAAAGGCGCUACAGGAGGAACUCGAUUUUUAAAUCUUUUGAGAGGCUCAAACCCGAGGAUUUCCUCAAGCUAGAAGGAGAUUUGGUGUACACCGGCGAAUACAAGGACGAGUACAGAGAGUUCCCGAUAAAAAGAGUCUUUCCGGCGAGGAGGAGGAGCACUCUUAAAAUCGAAGGCGAUUUCCUCUCUCUGACCGAAGCAUCGGAAAAUUACAAAUAUGUCGAAGGGGAGAGGAGCCGGUCUGCGAGGAGAGGCACCCUGCUCAAAUCCGAAGGGGAAUUUUUGAACAAAACGUCAGAGGCCCGUGAGAGUUUUGUAGAAUUUCCAGGAGUUACGAGGCCGGAGCUGACGAGGAGGAGCACUUCUCUCAAAUUAGAAGGGGGUGUGGAAAAGGUGACGGAAUCGGCCGAGAAAUACGUGCCCCACACGCCUCAGCUGGUGGAGAGAAUCCGCCACAGGGAGAAUAUCGCUUUGGAAACGGCCCCGAUGAACGGAACGUCGGAGACAACGCGGCAAUUUGUGGACUACGGACCGCAGGCGAAGAGGGACCCCGUGAGACCGACUCACGACCUGAUCCCCGAGGGGCUGAGGGAGUUCCAGCCGGAAUACAGGGAGCAGUUCAUCUCUUUCCCGCUGACGAGGUUGGUCGCUAAGAAGCCCGAGGGGAAUCUGCACACGGAAGGUUCCAUGGUCAUAUCUUCGGAGCUUAAAUCCGAGUACAAAGACUUCCCGAGGUCCAGACCCGUCCUCCACCGUAACACCUCUCUUCUCAAACCGUCUGGCGACAUCGAGAAGGCGACCGAGGUGCGGUCGGAGUUCAGGGACUUUCAUCCGCAACGUCCCCUCAUCCACCGGAAUAACUCCCAACUCAAGCCGUCCGGGGAUGUGGCCAAGACAACGGAGAAGAAGUCCGAGUUCAAGAAUUUCCAUCCGAAACGGCCGGUGAUCCACAGGAACAACUCGAACCUCAGGCCCGAAGGGGAUGUGACGAAGGAGACGGAAGCGGGGGCCGAGUUUCGAGAUUUCCACCCGUCCAGACCCGUAAUCCAUCGCAACAACUCGCAACUUCACCCGGAAGGAGAAAUGGGCGGGUCUUCGGAGGCCAGGACGGAAUACCGGGACUUCCACCCGUCCAGGCCGGAAAUCCGCCGCAACAACACACUGCUAAAAAAACAGGAAGGGGAAAUGGAGAAGAGUUCGGAAAUCGCCUCAGAGUACAUAGACUUCCACCCCUCGAGGCCGGUUAUACACCGAAACAAUUCUCUGCUAAAACCGGAAGGCGACAUGGAAAAAACUUCUGAAAUGUCUGAAUACCGAGACUUCCACCCCUCAAGGCCGGUUAUACACCGAAACAAUUCUCUGCUAAAACCUGAAGGCGACAUGGAAAAAACUUCGGAAAUGUCUGAAUACCGAGACUUCCACCCCUCGAGGCCGGUUAUACACCGAAACAAUUCUCUGCUAAAACCUGAAGGCGACAUGGAAAAAACUUCGGAAAUGUCUGAAUACAGAGACUUCCACCCCUCGAGGCCGGUUAUACACCGAAACAAUUCUCUGCUAAAACCUGAAGGCGACAUGGAAAAAACUUCGGAAAUGUCUGAAUACAGAGACUUCCACCCCUCGAGGCCGGUUAUACACCGAAACAAUUCUCUGCUAAAACCGGAAGGCGACAUGGAAAAUAUGACAGAGAAAAGGGCGGAAUUUAGAGACUACCACCCUUCCAGGCCUUUGCUCCACAGGAACAACUCUCUGCUCCGGCCGGAAGGGGAUAUGGAAAAUAUGACAGAGAAAAGGGCAGAAUUUAGAGACUACCACCCUUCCAGGCCUUUGAUCCACAGGAACAACUCUCUGCUCAAACUCUCGGGAGAUAUGAACAUCUGCGAUCCGAGGGGCGAUUUCAAAAAUUACCAACCUAGGAGGCCCGUCAUCUACAAAGCCGGGACCAACCUCAAACCCGGGAACCGGAUCGAGGAGAGGGAGCGAGCCCUGUCUGCAAAAAGGCACGAUUACUUGUUUUACGAAGGGGAAAUCGAUUUCAGACCCGAGAGAAGGCACCUACUAGAAGAAAAGGCGAGGACUGCGCCCGAGAGCCGGCCAAGGAGGUCCACGGACGAUUUCGAGCCCUGCGAGACCAAAGGCUAUCCGGCCACUUACAGAAGGGUUCCUGGAACGACUACGCUUCCACGUUCGAGGGCGAGGAAGAAUCUACUCCAGACGGAUUCAUCAACAACGACUACGGAUGAUAGCUCUUCGUUGUCAAACGAUCACCCUGCCUCUUUCAGGCUGACUGUCCAAAACGUCGACGAGCCCCAGGUGAGGGACAAGUCAUUCGUGGUCCUCCAGGACGACAACAACAACAACUACGAAGGCGAGCCAGUAGAGUUCGGCCAGAACAGAUGGCUCCGUGGAAGCCUGCGAGACCGAGCGGAGCCGUGGCGCCCUUCGUGGGCCCUCAACCCGAACACGAAAGAGGUGCCGACAAACUGAAAAGCUCCCCUUUUAACUUCUUGCCGAAAAUCCUCUUCGGAAGAAAGAAGCAGAAAGCGCAGAAGAACGAGAAA